CUCAACACAACUCCUCUGGCCCGAUCCGAUUUUCGACUAGUGUGCCAGAGAGUGUACAAGUGUGUCAGGAACAAUUCAGAUCUCCGCCCACCAUGGCGACAAACGGUGAUACUGGUCGGGCAUCGGGUAGCCUGGUCGAUGCAUCGGGCUACAAAUUCACAGAGAAGGAUACCAAGCCGGGCAAGAUGAAGGUUAAAAAGACCUCCAAAGCAUCUACGAAGAAGAAAGCAGACGAUUCCAAAGAUGGCCCAGUCGACUCCUCACCCACCUCCUCCCCUCUCCCCAAGCUGGACGACAAAGUCGCAGCCUCGUUCCCGACCGGCAAACCGCGCGAGGAAGACCUCCUCGAAACUGUCAUUUGCAAGCACUGCAAGCGGCCUAUACUCAAAUCCACCGCCCCGGAACAUAUCCGCGGCUGCCUCAAGGCUAAACAAGAGAAAGCGCGCAAGAAGAAAGAAGCACGCGACGCGGCCAAUCGCGCCAAGGUCGCAGACGGCAAGGACGACGAUGACCUGCGCGAUAAGAUGGACGGCGACGACGCAAUGAAAGGCCAGAAGAGUGCCAAGAAGAGCGCGGUGAAGGGGACUACCGACGAUGCCACGAAGAAGGGCAAGAAGCGCAAGGCGGAUGAGGAUGAUAACAAGGAGCCUAAGAAAAAGAAGAAGAAGGAUGAGCCCAAGGCCAAGGCUGCAAAGCCCAAGGGUCCGGUUGAUGUCGAGAAGCAGUGCGGUGUGACUCUUCCUAAUGGAGCGCAGUGUGCGCGCUCGUUGACUUGCAAGAGCCAUUCCAUGGGGGCUAAACGUGCCGUGCCUGGUCGUUCGCUGCCAUACGACAUGUUGCUGCAGCAGUAUCAGAAGAAGAACCAAGCCAAGCAGCAGAGAGCCGCAAUCGACGCCAAUGCCCCUCUCCCCGACGACAUCGACACCAACGGACCCAUCGACUCGGACGAGGAACGAGACACCGUCAUGGCAGCUAUCGCCCGCUCCACACCAAAACCUCUCUCAGAUCACACCCUCAUCAGUGCGAAAUCCAAAUAUCGCAUCGUCCGGAUUAAAGAACAAAUGCUCCACGCUAUCGGCGGCCGAGGCGGCGCCGGAUUAUUCUCCACGGAUGAUAGUCAACCUUUAUUCGGUGGGAGUCUCUUUCAAUCUUUUGAUACGGACUUGAACACAACUUCUUCUCCCGUGCUUCCUUCCGGUGAAUCAGGAGAUAUCUCCGCCGGCGGUGACGGGUCUAGGAAGACGCCCGUACAGGGGACUCGCAAGACACCCGUGGCGGCUGCCUCGUGAGGUUUACUUCGGGUUUAUGCGGGUUAACGACGUUACGACUAUCAUUCGGCGUUCUGCUUUUCGGUUUCUCUUCGGUUAUGUUCUCAUUGCGAUGCCGGCGUUGGCGCUGUGCGGUGCUGUGUAUACACCUCCCUCUCUUCAUUCCUUCCUUGACUCUCUUAUUUUUACGGGUUGGUUAUGGUUGUGAUGGGUUUUUUUCGGGCACACGGUGGGAACAGGAUUCGUUUUCGGUGAUGAUAUGAUACCCCCGGUAGUUGAUUGCACUGGACAUAGUGCUUAGUGCGGAAUGAAUGCGAAUGCAAAU